GCGGCGCUGAGCUCCUCGUGGAGACCCCAACCAAUCACAGGCCGGAGGAAGAAGCCGCGUCACUUAUCACGGCCGCUCUCACAGCUUAAAAGCAGCGUGUCUCCGCUCUUUCUUUAACUUUUCGACUGUUCGCAGCAAGAAAAAGCCAUGGCAAGAACCAAGCAGACCGCUCGUAAGUCCACCGGAGGCAAAGCCCCGAGGAAGCAGCUGGCCACCAAGGCUGCCCGCAAGAGCGCCCCGGCUACCGGCGGCGUCAAGAAGCCUCACCGUUACAGGCCCGGUACCGUGGCCCUCAGAGAGAUCCGUCGUUACCAGAAAUCCACCGAGCUGCUCAUCCGCAAGCUGCCCUUCCAGCGCCUGGUCAGGGAGAUCGCUCAGGAUUUCAAGACCGACCUGCGCUUCCAGAGCUCCGCCGUCAUGGCUCUGCAGGAGUCCAGCGAGGCUUACCUGGUCGGACUCUUCGAGGACACCAACCUGUGCGCCAUCCACGCCAAGAGAGUCACCAUCAUGCCCAAAGACAUCCAGCUGGCCCGCCGCAUCCGUGGAGAGAGAGCUUAAAAACUGAUCUUAGACCUGCCAAACACCACAAAGGCUCUUUUAAGAGCCACUUCA